AUGCGUAACCUGAGGAGGCACCUGUGCGAAGAAGUGCCUUCUACUUUGAUUGCAUGAGAACUAGUCCGAGCUUUCUGUUGUGUACGGAAGCAUUGUGAUUGCAAGUGGGUUCUGAGCGAUUGAAGUGAACUGCCGCACAAUUGAUAACUGAAGACAACACACCAUAUUAGUUUGUGAUGGGUCGGCGGAGACGAGGUUUCGCUAGGGAUCAACCAUCCCAUCCAACACCAUCAAACUCCAACACUCGGCAGAGAGAGAAUUCCCUUUCUCAACAUGAGACCACCUCUGAGCCUUUGGUACCACCAGAAUCGUCAUGGGAAGGCUUGUCGCAAACUGAAGAAGCCUUUCAAACAGUACAACGCCGAGGACAAAGAGGCCACCCUGACUCCUUAGUCCAGUCCAGAGGUCGAGGUGGUGGAAGAGAUGGGCAUUUUCAUUCAAGAGCCGAGUACUAUGGUAAUUCUAGAGGGAAAGCAGAAAGUGGCGGUGCGUUUCCAGAUGCUAGAUGCCAAGGAGCGGCUCAAGAUUCAAGACGCCCUGAUGUUCCAGAGCAAUCUGACAGUGCUUUGGAAUGGAGGUUGAACAAGCCUUCAAAUAGGGGUAGAAGACGCGAUCAAGAGGCUAGUUCAUCUAGAGCGUUAGCACCAUCGGAUGGAGCGGGGGCUUUAUGCACAUCUUCUGGUGCAAUUCCACGCACAUUUGCCCCACAAAACCCUGACCUCUCAAAUGUGUCACCUAGUUCUUUGGGAACUAAAAAAAGGUCACUGCUUGUGAAAGCCAAUUUCUUUGCUAUUGAAAAUUUUAAUAAGGAUAUUGCUUUUCAUUAUGAUGUUACAUUUAAUCCAGAUAAACCUAAGAAAUUGCUGCGAUUGGUUUGGGAAGAAAUAAAAAAAAUAUAUUUUCCUGACAAUAUAAUAGCUUUUGAUGGAGUAAAAAAUGCUUACACUAUGAUUCCUAUAGCAGGUGGCAAAAAUGAGAUAAUGGAACAUAAAAUAAAGAUUCCAAACAAAAACAAGAAUCGUGAUAUUGAAUUUAAGGUAGCUAUAAAAUUAGUAGCUCGUGUAGAUCUUGCGUUAGUAGACCAAAAAUGCAUUCAUAUCCUUGAGGUUGUUCUCCGUUCUGCAGCAGCAGUGAAAUAUACUCCUGUUGGCAGAUCAUUUUUUUCAUUAAGUAGACCGUCGAUUCCUUUAAUGGAUGGUUUGGUUAUUCGAUCUGGUUUACAUUUCAGUGUAAGACAAGGAAGUGACAAAUUAUAUGCCAAUUUUGAUUCUAUUCAUAAGGCGUUUCUUAAAGCUCAGCCUAUUGUAGACACUAUAAGGGAAAUGUUCAGCUCUUUCUCAGUACCACCUCCUAUCGAGAGACAGAUUUUUCAAUUGCGUAAUAUACUUAAAGGUGUGAAGGUCGCAUAUUCAGUACCUACAGAUUCUAAACCACGUUUUUGCACAAUAGCAGAUGUUUCAAAGCCUCCUGAUCAAAUCACAUUUGAAUUCAAAGGUUCGAUAAUUACAGUUGAAGAAUAUUUUAAGAAUGUAAAACACUAUUCAUUGAGGUACAGAAAUCUACCAUGUUUGAAAGUAGGGCCUUCUGCUUUUGUGCCUGCUGAAUUAUGUUCGAUAGUUGAAGAUCAAGUUGUUCAGACUCACCUUAGUGAUAAACAAUCCGGGGAAAUGAUUAAGUUAGCUGCAAUUGACCCAUCUGAAAGAGUAAAAAAGAUUCAAGCUGAGAAAGCUUAUUUGGAUUUUGAGAAUUCUCCAUUUGCUAAGGCAUUUGGUAUUAAUAUGAAUUGUGAAUUUCAGAAAAUAAGGGGACAUGUUCUUGAUCCUCCUAAAUUAGCAUAUAAUGAAGGUCUUGUGACUCCUCAAAAUGGCCGUUGGCAUUCUGAUUCACUUUUUCUGCAAAGUGCUGUUCUUAAGAAGUGGACAAUUUUCAUUUUAGAUAUGUGUAUUGGACGUGAAGAUGUUGACAAGUUGGCAUCUUAUCUGAUAAAACAGGGAAGAGACAUGGGGUUAACCAUUGAUAAACCUUACCCUUCUCGAUCACUUAAUACAAGAUCAGGGGGGAAUAUUCAAUUUUUUGAAAAGGAAUUGUCUAUGUGUAGUGGGUUUGAUUUGGUAAUUGUUAUAGGAAACAAUAAGGACAAUGUGUAUACAAAUUUGAAGAAUGCCGCAGAUCGGAAUUUGAAAAUUUGUACACAGUUCAUAAAAAGUACUACAUUAAAAAGGUAUAAAGAUUAUUCAAAGAUAAUUCAUAACAUUAUUCUCAAAUUAAAUGCCAAGUUAGGAGGUGUGAAUCAUGCUCUUAAUAAAUCAGAGGUGCCUGCCAAAUUUUCUAAUGCCACUGUUAUGUAUGUUGGUGCUGAUGUAACUCAUCCAUCAGUUGGAGAAAUUGGGUCUCCAUCUGUUGCUGCUGUGUGUGCAAGUCAUGAUGCUUCAGGAUUUCGAUAUAAUGGUCAAAUCUGCAUUCAGCCACCAAAAGAAGAAAUAAUUAUUGAUUUGGAAAGAAUAAUGAUACAUAAUUUGAAUGUAUAUGAGAAAAAUAUGGGAAAAAAACCUGAAAUCAUAUUAUUCUUCAGAGAUGGUGUUGGUGAAGGUCAAUUUGAUGAAGUUAAAUCAAAAGAGAUAAUGGCAAUUCAAAGAGCUUGCUCAAAAUUUGGCCCAGACUAUAAUGUUAAACUAACCUUUUUGGUUGUGCAGAAACGUCAUCAUGCACGUUUUUUCCCCGUUGAACAAACCACUGGAAGAAACAAAAAUGUUCCACCAGGAACAGUUGUGGAUAAUACAAUUACAAACCCCAAAGAUCGUGAAUUUUAUCUUGUGAGUCAUUAUAGUCCAAGAGGAUGUAGCCGGCCUUGCAGGUACCAUUGUUUAUGGGAUGACAAUGAAUUAAGUGAGAAUGAACUUCAAGAAAUUGUGUACUAUCAGUGCUACACAUAUUCUCGUUGUGAGCAAAGUGUCUCAUAUCCUGCUCCAACGUACUAUGCUCACCAUGCUGCUGCCCGUGGGAAACUGUAUUUGGUGGGAGAUAGCUGCAGAGGUCGCUCCAAACAAUUUGACAAACAACCGCCUUGUAAAGACAAACUUCAAGAAUUGCCGGGAAUGUAUUUCAUCUAAAAUAAAUUCUUUUGAUAAGUGUCCUUGGUGUGGACACUUUUGCACAGGUGUUUUAUUUUCCUUUUCUCUGUACUGGUAUUCUCUUCACAAAUUCUUUCGUAUCACUUGAAUAGUCACAAAUGGGCUGCGUAAUCAUAAGAGAUUUAAUCUUAUCAUUUUGUGUUUUAAGAACCUGGAAACGUGCCUGGCUACUGCUCAGCAUUAUUGUAAGGACAACUUGCUUUCAUGUGAAGUGUAAUGCCUUGGUAGUUGGCCACAAAAUAGCACACUUUAAGACAUUUCAUCAAUAAUCACUGUUCAAUUAUCAUCAGAAAUUUGCCACCUGCUUAUAGGUGAAUUCAGAAUUCCAUGUAAUAAUUUUCGCUAAGUAGUUUCAAUGAAAUAUUAGUGCUUGAGAAUUAGUUAACAAUUAUAUAUCGUAUAAUGCCAUACAAUAGAACAAUUGGCAUAAACUGAAAGUUUUCAAUAGCAUUGAAUGAAAUUAUAAUAAUAAUAAUUGUAGUUUGUCUACAACUCAACACAACCAAAACUGGUAUUAGUGAGCAAAAAAGUAUAGCCUUAUGGUAUGAACCUGUUAAUAGAAGUUAGUGAGUAUGUUCCCAGCAAGGUGUCAGAAAUUUACUUGAUGUGUUUAACAUUAGCAACUUUGCAACCUGCAAGAAUAGCAUUUGUAGACUGAAUGCUAUAUUCACUUCAAAACAAAUGCCAGAGCAGCAGUCUAUACAUUGAACCAUGGACUGUGCAAGAUGUUCCUUCCAUCGUUUCACCCGAUCUUUGCUGGCCAUUGUUGAGGAAAUGUACAAGAAAUUCUAAAAUCUAUCGAUCAAUAUUUUCUUUUUAAUAAAAUUUGAUUGUUCUUUUCCAAAAUUAUUUGAGAAAUAAUUGUAAUCAGCUGUAAUUCUACAGAAAUAUUAUAAGCUUACAUUGUAAAACUCUUCCUUGUUUAAAAAAAAUUAUUAUCUAAAUAUGAGGCUCAAGUGAAGUUUUAAGAAGACAUUUAUAAUGUAAUUUGAAUUUCAAGUAAUACAUAUUUCCUGUUUGAUAUCUUUAGUUGUUUCAACUUUUGAAAACAUUUUUCAUGUUUAAUUUGAAUUUAAAUUCUUAGAAAUGGUUUUUGAACAAUUUUAUUUUUAAAAGUAUUCAACAUUAAAUCACUCCUGGGUGUAGGACCCCCAUCUUGAUCCUGGUUUUAAUCCAGUUUCCCAGAGAUCCUAAGAGCAAAUGCUGAGAUGGUCCUUAAUUAGUAUCUGGAAAGUAAAUGUAGCUGAACUCCUCCCCAAAUAUCACAUGCUGAGUGAUAGUGCGUAAUGAUGAAAUUAUAAUUAACUUUAUUCAGCAAGGUCUAUUACAUUACUUGCCUAUUAUAUCAAAGAAUGUGUCUCAAUUUUUCAUGUUGUAAUGUACUACUUAAGAUAUAGUGUUGCAAGACUGGGUUGUGGUUUUCUUCAGUUUAAGAGGAUGAAAUUUUUAAUACUUAUGUUUUCAACAAAAUGUUAUAGCAAUUUCAAUUCCACCUUGUUUGUGUUUCUUUUGCUUGUACUUUUUUUGUUAUUAAAAAGUAUUUUCCAAUUUACUCUGACCCACAUCAAAAGUAAUUUUUAAAAAUCUUUCCAAGCAGGAAUAAAGUAUGUUUCAAUAAAUUUUGCUUACAGUCAUUCAUUGUAAUGGGAAUUUGUAAUAAAUUAAUUUCAAUGACAAUGGACUUCUAAUAUUAACCUGUUACACUUAU